AAAUUUUAUUAUUCAGCUAAAGUAGUUUGUUUAUUUGCUAAAAAUUUCAAGAAAAGUGAAAGUGUUUAUAAAAUGUUAAAAAAUAGUGUUUUACAAAUAAGAAAUUUUGCUACACAAAAAGUCAAAAAUGAAGUGCAAAGCAAGUUGGGCAUAAUAGGAGUGCCAUUUUCUAAGGGUCAAACCAAGGGAGGAGUAGAACUGGCUCCCGAUUUAUUGAGAGAACAGGGAUUAAUAGAAAUUUUACAGGAAACGGCCAGAGGCCGUUUAGCCAUAACCGAUUAUGGUAAUUUAAAAUAUGACCCCUCAACGGAAACCGAAUCUCCUUAUUAUAAAAAUAUGAAAAACUAUGCCUCCUUUAUGAGUUGCAAUAAGGCCUUGAUAGAGAAAAUACCACAGAUAUUACAGGAACAACAACAGUUCUUAUGUUUGGGCGGUGAUCAUGCUAUAGGUUUUGGUUCCGUGGCUGGCCAUUUAAAACACACUCCCAAUUUAUCUUUGGUCUGGGUUGAUGCUCAUGCUGAUAUUAAUUUACACUCCACCACUGCCUCGGGUAAUAUCCAUGGUAUGCCCGUGUCAUUUCUAUUGGAAGAAUUAAGAGAUUUUUGGAAACAUGCUCAAUUAGAUGAUAUUGCUCCCAAUUGGUAAGUCUUUAAAUAUAUUUUUGGUUUUUAUUAUUUUAUGA